AUGACAUCAUUACCAAAUGCUAUAAAGCUAGAAACCAAGUUUCCUCAAUUGCUUAUUUUCAGAGAUUUUGGUAAUCUUCAAUUGGUUGCAGACGAUCAGCAUACAGUGACACCUUUCCAUAUAAUCUACCCCCCCACCAAAAUAGUCAAGCCUAUCCUAUUCAAUCCUUUGAGGUUUGGUUCUGGUAAUGGGGGUCUUCUCAAUAUGGCCACCAAGGAAUUGGAUUCACUGCUUACACCACUGGAAGCAUUCUGUUGUCUUUUGGCUUUUGCUUUGGGCUUUGGUUCUGGAUGUAUGAGAUAUCUGAUGAAUCCUCGAAUUUUGUCUCAAUGGAAGUACUGGAGUAAUCAGAUUACCCAGAAGGCACUUGCCAUGUACUUGUAUGAGACCUCACAGGCCAAAGACAUCACUCAAACUGUGGUGUAUUGCUACUUGCAAGUAGCUUUGCUUUAUGCAAGUUCAACGGGUAAUGAAAUCAAGUUUCUUACUGCACUACAACUUAAAAGGUAUGAAUCAAAUAUGAAAUACUUUGACCUUAGAUUCAACUAUAGUUCUGCGGUAUUUGCCCCUAUUUUGAUAUGUGGUAAUAGAAGUUCUUUCAUGCGGCAAUAUAACCCUAGAAUCUUAAUAGAAUUUGAAGAGACAGUUGAACUUCUACAGCCAUUUGUUAAAAAAGAUAACGCUCAUUUCAUGGAAUUGAAAAACUUUUUGAACUUUUUGCAAGAUAUUAUUGAUUACAAAUGCGGCACUAUAAAUCCUGAAUCCUACCUUUUCAAUUUUGAAAUCAUCCACAGAAUUACAAAACUUUUACUUUCUUGA